AUGGCAGUGCCCACUCAAGCGGCCGGCCAGGCUGCCCGGCUCCGCGCGGCGCCGCUGACACCCUGUGCUCCCCAGGACCUGGUGGACUGGCAUUUUUUUUUGGGCCACCUGGGUGAGAAGUACGACGAGUGGGUGCCCCAGCCCGUGGACCGGCCCAUCCGCCUCUUCCACUCGGACUUUGUGGAGGCUCUCUCCAAGACGGCAUGGUACGUGGUGUUCCUGGUGUGGACGCCUGUGGUGCUCUAUCUCAGCUGGGUCAGCUACACGUCGCUGGCUCAGGGCAACACCCGCCUCUUCUCCUCCUUCACCACAGAGUACUCCAUCCCCGUGCACAAAUACUACUUCCCCUUCAUCUUCCUCGUGGGAAUGUUCCUGUGGUCCCUGGUAGAGUACCUCAUCCACCGCUUUGUCUUCCACAUGAAUCCACCCGCUAGUAACUACUAUCUCAUCACGCUGCAUUUCUUGUUGCAUGGCCAGCAUCACAAGUCCCCCUUUGACAGCUCGCGCCUCGUGUUUCCGCCCGUGCCGGCGGCGCUGGUCGUCGGCUUCUUCUACGGGCUCCUCCGCGCCCUGCUGCCCGAGAUGCUGGGGGCAGGGCCAGGCUGCCACCUCCUUCCCCCAGCCCUCCUCACCCUGCCGCAGGGCUUCGGCAUCAGCACCCGCUUCUGGGACUACCCCUUCCAGACGCUCAUCCCCGAGGAGACCUUCGAGAAAGAGGAGUGACGGCCCUGGCUGCACGGCCAGCUCGACAGCAG